AUGGCUGCUACACGGCAGCUCUCAUGGCUUCUCUUCACGCUCACUUUCCUUCUGGUGGGACUGCAGGGAGAGCCGAAGGACGCAGCGCAGAAAGCACAGAGGAGUGGUAGCGAUGACCAGCCUCGCAUGCUGUCAGAUAAAGGCCACCUCACCUUCACAACUGGUGGCAGUAAAGAGAUCCGCUUCCAGACAUCAGAAUCAGGCCGGGUUAGAGUGAAUAAUGAAGACCUCACCCAGCUUCUGAGUCAGAUCAAAACCAACAAAGAUGAUAUUAAUGACAUCAAAACUCACGGAGGUGGAGUUCCCCCUGAAAUAACCAAUAAACUGACCCAGCUUGACACCAGGGUAUCAACACUUGAGAAUAAAGUGACUGUUCUUGAAUCGACAGUCCAGAAGGUGUCUUGCAGCAGUAACCCCUGUCAGAAUGGAGGGACAUGUCUAAACUUACUCAACUCAUACCACUGUGUGUGUCCCAGCAACUGGGCUGGUCCAAACUGUGCGACAGAUGUGAAUGAAUGUCAGGUGUAUGCAGGAACACUUCAAGGUUGUCAGAAUGGAGCAACCUGUGUCAACACUGCUGGAUCAUUCACUUGUACCUGUUCUCCAGAAUGGUCCGGAACUCUUUGCACGAUUCGGUAUGAUGACUGCAGGAAUGCCGGACAGGACCUCUGUGUACAUGGCACAUGCAUUGAUGUAGACCGGGUCACACCUGGACAGCCCAAAUAUCAGUGCAUUUGCGACAGUGGCUGGGAAGCUCCAGCUGGGAACCCGUCCUGUGUGGCAGAUGUUAAUGAGUGUAACCUGCCCAAGAAACCCUGCUCCACCAACCCUCUUGUUCCCUGCUACAACACUCAGGGUUCCUUCUACUGUGGAGCCUGUCCUGCUGGUUGGCAAGGCAAUGGCUACAGCUGUCAGGAUGUGGAUGAAUGUUCAACCAACAAUGGUGGCUGCUCCACCACUCCCAUGGUGCAAUGCCUCAACACAAUGGGCUCCUUCCACUGUGGUCCCUGCCCUCCAGGUUAUGAGGGGAAUGGGAGAACAUGUACCCAGGCCAACAUCUGCGCCACCAACAAUGGAGGCUGUCACCCAUUAGCUACUUGCUCCUCCACUCCAGGCACAAGCCUCCCUGUGUGUACCUGCCCUCCGGGCUACAUAGGCAAUGGUUACGGACCGACUGGUUGCACCCAGACCAGCAAUAUCUGUCAGACCAACAACCCUUGUGUUAACGGACAGUGCGUGGCCACCACCUCGGCUCCUGGCUACAUCUGCAACUGCAAUUCUGGCUGGCAAGGACCUAACUGUGACCAGAACAUCAAUGAAUGCUUAAGCAACCCCUGUCAGAAUGGAGGGACCUGCAACGACGGUGUUAAUGGAUUUACAUGCACUUGCACUGCCCAGUGGACUGGCCCUCUCUGCCAGACUGCACAGCAAGUGUGUGGAGGUUACCUGACUGGCCCUGCUGGGACCUUCAGUUAUCCCAACACCCCAGGUCAUGAUGAAUAUGAUCACAAUGUCAGCUGUGCCUGGGUGGUCCGCGUUGACGCAAACCAGAUCCUGCGUAUUACCUUUCCUUUCUUUGACCUGGAGAGCAGCACCAACUGCAACUUUGACUUCCUUCAGAUUCAUGAUGGGGAUAGUCCUUCGGCUCAUAUGAUUGGAAAAUACUGUGGCCAAAACAACCCACCGGAGCUCUACAGCUCCCACAAUUCCUUAUAUUUCUGGUUUCGCUCCGACCAUAUCAUCAGUAAAGGUGGCUUCUCAGUGGCUUGGCAGUCUCAGGAUCCAGUAUGUGGAGGCGAACUAACUGCCCCCUAUGGCAACAUCAACUCACCUGGUUACCCUGGAGACUACCCACCUAACCGAGACUGCUAUUGGACAGUGACAGUGGCGCCUGGCUUGCUCAUUACCUUUGCAUUUGGGACUCUCAGUCUGGAGCAACACCCCAACUGCAACUAUGACUUCCUAGAGAUCAGGGAUGGUCUUCUACCUGAAGACCCAGUUCUGGGAAAGUACUGCAGUACUGCAUCACCUGCUCCCCUGCAGACCACUGGUCCAGCUGCCUGGAUCCACUUCCACUCUGACUUUAGUGUUUCUGACAGAGGCUUCCACAUCACAUACACAACAUCACCAAGUGAUCCUGGUUGUGGUGGCACCUUCACUGACAGUGAGGGCAUCAUCAUCUCUCCAAACUGGCCCAACAACUAUGCUCACAACCGCCAGUGUAUCUAUCUGAUCCGGUUGCCAGCUGGUGAGAAGGUUUCCCUCAACUUCACUCACAUGAACCUGGAGAGUCACAGCGGCUGCAUGUUUGACUAUGUGGAGGUUCGUGAUGGCAGAAUGGAGACUGACCCUCUGAUAGGGCGGUACUGUGGGAUAUCCCUGCCAGCUCCCAUUCUUUCAUCUUCCAACUCGCUAUGGAUUCGUUUCAGGUCCGACGGCUCAGUGAGCAGGGCUGGUUUCCGGGCUGUCUACACAGUUGGUUGUGGAGGCACUUUGUCUGGGACAGGACAGAUCCGCUCUCCCUACCACCCCAAUGCCUAUCCCCACAACAAGGUCUGUGUGUGGGUCAUUAACCAGCCCCAGGGCUAUGUGGUCACCCUCGACUUCCUGUCAUUUGACGUUGAGGGAGGCUCCUGCCGCUAUGACUUUGUUGAGGUCAGGGAUGGCUCAUCAUCUAGCUCUCCUCUGCUGGGGACAUUUUGUGGAGCUAACAGUCCCCCUAGGCUGCAGUCCACCCAGAGAUCCAUGUACAUCCGCUUCAAGACCGACUCCUCUGUCACCAACAAUGGCUUUGAGGCAGCCUAUGGAUCUGCCUUGGAGGGCUGUGGUGAUACCAUGACAACUCCCACAGGCACCAUCACAAGCCCUGGCCACCCCAACAACUACCCCCACGGUGCCAACUGCACCUGGUACAUCAACGUUGCCCCUGGCAACCUGGUGCGGCUAUCAUUUGACUCCUUCAACCUGGAGUACCACAUCAACUGUAACUAUGAUUACCUGGAGGUGUAUGACAACGGCACUGUGCAGACUGGAACCAAGAUUGGAAGGUACUGUGGGCGCUCAAUUCCUCCAGUCAUCACCAGCACUGACAGACUGCUCACCCUGCUGUUUGUCACUGACUCCAGUUUAGUCACCGAGGGAUUCUCUGCCAGAUAUGUCUCCAUCAAUGCCACCUCAGACUGUAGUGAGACUUUCACCACCUCUACAGGGACCUUCUUUUCACCCAACUACCCAGACUAUUACCCCAACAACAGAGACUGCAUCUUCAAAAUCAUUGUACCAGUUAACAUGCAGAUUCUGCUCAACUUCACCAGCUUUGACCUGGAAGGCUUGCCUCCAUCCUGCAGCUCCGACUUUUUGGAGAUUAGGGAUGGAGGCUAUGACAUAUCUCCCUUGAUUGGUAAGUUCUGCUCCCAGCAGAGGCCUCCGGUCCUGACAUCCCAUAGCAAUCGUCUCUGGGUUCGAUUCCACUCAGACUCCAGCUACACACGUCCUGGAUUCAUUGCCCACUGGGAUGGCACACAGACAGGCUGUGGAGGGGUGCUGACGACACCGUCUGGAGGAUUUGCCUCUCCUAACUACCCGUUCCCAUACCACCCUAAUGCUGAGUGCUACUGGACCAUCAGGACCAACCAGGGCAGCCAGCUCCUCCUCUCUUUCCCUGAUUUCCACUUAGAGUCCAGUUCCAGCUGCGCUUACGACUACCUGGCUGUGUAUGACGGUAACAGCAGCAGCUCUCCAGAGCUGGCCAGGCUGUGUGGGAAUCAGCUGCCUAGCACCAUCAACUCCUCCAGCAAUGAGCUCUACGUCAAACUCCGCACCGACAACAGCGUCAGCACAGGAGGCUUCCUCACAUCGUACAGCACUAAAUGCAACAAUGUGCUGAUCUCAGGCCGUCACAUUGGACUGGUGGAGUCACUGAACUAUCCCAACAAGUACCCACACAACACUGAGUGCAGCUGGACCAUUCAGGCCAGCAGUGGAAACACCAUCAACUACACCUUUUUAUCCUUUGAGCUGGAGACCACGUCCAGUCUGUGUAGCUAUGACUACGUCAAGCUCUUCAACGGGCCGAAUGAACAAGCUCCUCUGAUUGGUACCUUCUGUGGACUCUCGCCCCCCCCAGCCAACACAACCACAGGCUCCACUCUCACCGUGGUGUUCAAAUCUGACUCCUCUGUGUCCAUGUCUGGGUUCCAGAUGAUGUGGUACCAGAAUGGCUGUGGUGGGGAACUCUCUGGUCCCAGUGGCUCCUUCAACAGUCCAGACUACCCCAACAGGUAUCCAGAGAACAGGGAGUGCAUCUGGUAUAUAAGCACGUCAGCCGGCAGCAGCAUCACCCUCACCAUCCAUGAGUUUGAUGUGGAGUUCCACCAAGACUGCAACUAUGAUGUGCUGGAAGUAUAUGGAGGCCCCGACCUGUUUGCCCCUCAGCUGGCUAAGCUCUGCACCACCACAUCCAGCCCCAUGCAGGUCUCCAGCACCGGCAACCUGCUCACUGUGCGCUUCAAGUCUGAUGCCUACGUCAGCGGGCGAGGUUUCAAUGCAAGCUGGGCUGAAGUUCAGGGAGGCUGCGGAGGCCCUGUCACUGCUCCAUCAGGGGAGAUCCACUCUCCUCAGUAUCCCAACAGCUAUCCCAACAAUGUGGACUGUUCCUGGGUUAUCAGUGUGGACCACAACCACCGUGUCUUCUUCAACUUCUCGGACCUGGACAUUGAACCUCAUAGCAACUGCGCCUGGGACUAUGUAGCUAUCCAUGAUGGUCUGUCCAUAGCUUCUCCUCUGCUCGCCCGUGUGUGUGGCGCCAGUCUUCCUCCUGCCAUCACCUCCACCCAGAGCACCAUCUAUGUUCGCUUUAGGUCUGACUCCAGUCGCAGCCACCGUGGCUUCAGUGCUCGCUUCUCUCAGGCUUGUGGUGCAACCAUCAUAACCGAUGACAUUGGUGGGGCCAUUGCCUCGCCACGGUACCCAUCACCAUACCCACCCAAUCAGAACUGCAGCUGGAUCCUCAGAGCACAGGAACCAUUCAACCAUGUGACCUUGUCAUUCACCGACUUUGAGUUAGAGAUGAUUAACUCCAACUGCUCCCAUGAUGCUGUGAGGGUCCUGGAUGGAAACAACUACCAUGCACCUGUUAUAGGGCGCUACUGUGGAAAUGAAGUACCUCACCCAGUGACAUCCUACAGUAACUCUUUGGUGGUAAACUUCAUCUCCGACUACUCUGUAUCUAGAAGAGGUUUCAGAGCCACCUACUCAGCAUCCACCUCCAGUUGUGGAGGAGAUCUGGUGAUGGAGAGUGCAUUUAACAGUCCCAACUAUCCAGAUACUUAUCCGCCUAAUGUGGAGUGUGUGUGGACCAUCAGAAGCUCACCAGGGAAUCGUCUCCAGCUCUCAUUCAUUAUGUUUCAGCUGCAGGGAGACACUGGAUGUCACAAUGACUACCUGGAGAUCAGAGAGGGGAACUCCACUGGGCAUCUGGUUGGUCGUUUCUGUGGAAAUUCGCUCCCCUCCAACUACACCUCUGUGAUUGGUCACAUCCUGUGGGUGAAGUUCGUCUCAGAUGCAUUUGUUAGUGGAGCAGGAUUCAGAGCCUCGUUCUCACACUUGUACGGUAAUGAUUUGGUGGGGGAGUCUGGUCAGAUAGCAUCCCCACUGUAUCCCAGGAUGUACCCCAAUAAUGCCCAUUACCACUGGACCAUAACUGUGGAUGGAGACAGCUACAUCCAGAUCCGCUUUUUGGACAUGGACAUAGAGGAUCUGCAGGACUGCAUCUACGACCACCUCAAAAUAUUUAACGGCCCCAGUAUUCAUUACUACCCCCUUGGGACGUUCUGUGGUCUGGCCUUACCCCCUCCUCUGAGAAGUUCUGGAAGCACUGUCACCCUGCAGUUCCUGACAGAUUCAUCGGUGGGAGGACGUGGUUUCCUAGUGGAAUGGACAGCUGUCCAGGAUACCGGACCACCACCCACUAUCACACCAGGUGCGUGUGGUGGAGUGCUGAUGACAGGGGAGACUCCUGGCUUCCUCUUCUCUCCCGGUUGGCCUGACAGUUACCCUCCUGGGCAGGAGUGUACCUGGCUGAUCCGCUCUCCAGACUCAACCAUAGAGUUCAACCUCUUGUAUAUGGAUAUAGAGGACUACCCCAACUGCUACUUUGACAGCCUGGUCAUCAGAGACGGUGCAAGCAGUCUCUCCCCGGUGUUGGCCAAUGUGUGUGGUCGAGAUCCUCCAGCUUCUCUCCACUCAACAGGAGACUCCAUGUACAUCCACUUCUCCUCAGACAGCAGCAUCAGCGGCCGAGGUUUUAACGCCUCGUACUCCAGAGGUUGUGGUGGCCUCCUGCAUGUGGACAGGGGUGUGCUCAGCAGUCCUCGCUACCCCCAGAACUACCUGCCCGGUCUGGACUGUAGCUGGCAUGUGAUGGUGACGUCCGGCUUUAAGGUUUCCGUCACCUUCCAGAGCCCCUUUCAGAUUCAAGGCUAUGGAGGAUGCACCACAGGAGACUACCUGGAGCUCAGGAAUGGUCCCGAUGGUUCAUCUCCACCACUGGGGGCUCGUCUCUGUGGUUCUAGUCCACCAUCUGUCCUCCAGACUACUGACAACCACCUCUUCAUCCGCUUCAUAUCUGAUGCCAGCAAUGAGGCCAGCGGCUUCAAGCUGACCUUUGAAGCUCACAGUCAGGCAUGUGGAAGCUUCAUCGAGCUGAAUGAUAAUGAUCCUCCAGGGUAUAUCACUUCACCAAACUAUCCUCAGAACUACCCCCAGAACAUCGACUGCAUCUGGGUCAUCACUGUGCCCAAUGGAGAAGCUGUCCAGAUUGACUUUGAGGAUGAAUUCUACAUUGAGCCCACAACCAGCUGUCGCUAUGACUACUUGGAGGUGCGUGAUGGCUCAACUUCCAAUGCUGACUUAAUUGCCCGCCUCUGUGGCAACACCCGACCAUCUACCCAACAUUCAACGGGCUCCUCCAUGCUACUCAGGUUCCGCACUGACACCAGCGUCACGCACAAAGGCUUCAAGGCAAAGUACUCCAUAGCAACAUGUGGAGGAACCUACAUAGGUCAGAGUGGCACCAUCCGCAGCCCCGGCUUCCCAGGAUCCAACUAUCCCGACAGUUCCAACUGUGAGUGGUACCUGGAGGGGCCCACAGGGCACUACCUGACCCUCAGCUAUGGAGCCUUCAACCUGCAGUCCUCUGGUGCAUGCUCCGCUGACUAUGUAGAGGUCAGAGAGUACAAUGCCUCAGGGCGCCUCCUGGGCCGACACUGCGGCAGUAACCUUCCAGCCCCAAUGGACACCUCUGACAGUUUUGCCUACAUCAGGUUUGUCAGUGACACCAGCGGCAAUGCAGCUGGCUUCAGUCUGACGUUUGAAGCCAGCACUGAAGUCUGUGGAGGAGAGCUGAACACCCCCUCAGGAACCAUCUCCUCCCCCAAUUACCCCAACCUGUACCCACACAGCCGGCUGUGUCGUUGGGAGUUGGUGAUGUCACCGGGCCGCCGGGUCACACUCACCAUCAAUGACCUGCGGCUGGAAGAUUCCGGCACUUCCUGUGUAUUUGACUAUGUAGAGAUCCUUAAUGGCGUGGCAGUCGAUGCCCCUCGCCUGCAGAAAUUCUGUGGUACAGUACCAACCGGCACACAGGUACGCUCCUCUGGCAACACCAUGACUGUGGUGUUUGUCACUGAUGCUUCUGUGUCCAAUGGGGGCUUCACAGCAACUUACUCCUCUGAAGAGCCUGCAGAGUGUGGCGGUGUCCUGAACAACCCAGCGGGCGGGAACUUCACCUCCCCCGGGUACCUCAUGUCAAACUACAGCAGCAACCUCAACUGUGAGUGGCUGAUCCAGAACCCGCAGCACGUCAAUUCCUCUAUUGUGGUGCUGAUAGAAGACCUGCACCUGCAGAACCACCCAACCUGCGAGUCUGACUAUCUCCAGUUUCGCUUAGGUGACUCAGAUGGAGAGCUGUUGGCCAAGUUCUGUGGGCAGACCACCCCUAGAAUUCCCAUUGUGGUCUUUACCCCCGAGCUUUGGGUCCAUUUCCAGACUGACGCCUCUCAGGGAGACCUGGGCUUCAAGGCCAAGUACUCGUUCUCUGAGUGUGGAGGCUGGCAGACAGGUGAAGGAGGGGUAUUAGCCAGUCCUAACUACCCCAACAUUUACCCCAGCCCCAGCCGCUGUGCUUGGCUGCUAGAAGCCCCAGAGGGCCACACUAUCAGGCUAACCUUCAGCUACUUCAACCUGGAGCCCCACUCCCAGUGUGGCUGGGACUCUGUCACCAUUUUCAACGGAGGAGGAUCACCUGGCUCCCCUGUGAUUGGCCAGUUUUGUGGGACCACCUCCCCAGGAACCAUCCGGUCGGGAUCUAACAAGCUUGCUGUGGUCUUCCUGGCUGACCACAGUGUUUCCAGAGGAGGCUUUGUGGCCUCCUGGUCUGCUGAUUCCUCAGGCUGUGGAGGGGUGAUCCAUGCUGAUUCAGGAACAAUCAAGUCUCCAAACUAUCCCCAGAACUUCCCAGCUAAUGUGGAGUGUUCCUGGCAGAUCAUUGCCCAUGAGGGGAACCACCUGGAGAUGAGCUUCAGCAGUGACUUCCAGAUUCCAGACAGCAGUGGAACCUGCCAGAGCAACUAUGUUAAGGUGUGGUCUGGUCAGACCCAAACUGCUGAGGCCCUGCUGUCAACAGGCUGUGGCUCUGUGGCCCCAGGCCCCAUCAUUGCUCCAUACAACAUCAUCACAACCCGAUUCCAGGGCACUGACGCCGGCAGAGGCUUCUCAGCGGUCUUCAGCACCAGGUGUGGUGCAACUUUCACUGCCCCCAGCGGUCGUGUGGUUUCUCCAAAUUAUCCAGCCGACUAUCCUAACUACUCCAACUGCAACUACACCAUAGAUGUUGGAGAACAGACUGUGGUCGUCCUCACCUUUCAGGUCUUCCAGAUAGAAGCACACUCCACCUGUCUGUUUGAUGGGGUGAAAAUCUACAGCCUGGCUACUGGUGGCCCUCCCACUGCCACUGUGUGUGGCAGCAACAUCCCUGGGCCCUUCUCCAGCUUUGGCCCCAUGUUGGUCCAUUUCUACUCGGACUCUGUGAUCAGCGACAGUGGCUUCAUGGCAACAUACAGAACCUUUGCAUGCGGUGGUUUCUUCAACAGCAGUAUGGCUUCAAUAAGCAGCCCAGCGCUCUCCAUGGCCAAUUACCACCACAACAUCAACUGUACCUACCACAUCAUGGUCCGAGCAGACAGAGUGGUAGAUAUCAAGUUCAACACCUUCCACCUGGAGGCGUCCUCCUCCUGUCGAUAUGACUAUGUGGCAGUGUACGAUGGACCAGACACCUUGGCACCCUUGCUGGGAAAAUUCUGCGGUACCGUGCUCCCACCGAACCUGCGCUCCUCCACCAACCAGCUGUUCAUCGUGUUCCGUACGGAUGCCUCAGUGAGUGGGGUUGGCUGGAGGCUGACGUACAGUGAGACACUUGGUCCAGCACAGGGAUGUGGUGGCUACCUUUCCAUGCCCAUGGGCAUGUUUGGUUCUCCAGAUUCUAACCUGGAUGGGAGGUAUGAGCCCAGGAUGGACUGCCUGUGGACCAUUGAAAUGCCAGUCAACAAGGUUAUCAACCUGACCUUCAGCUCCUUUGACCUGGAGAGCUCCUCUACCUGCCGCUUCGACUAUGUCAAGGUGUAUGAUGGUCAAAACAUUCACAACCUGCUGGCUGGAACAUUUUGUGGAAGCGUCAUUCCUUCUUACUUUGUAUCCAGUGGAAACUUCCUGACCGUUCACUUUGUCACUGAUAGCUCUGUGCAGAAACGAGGCUUCAACGCUACCUACAGAGCUCUGCCAAUGAUUUGCGGUGGGACUCUGAAUGCCACAACGGCCAUCCAGAGCCUGACCUCCCCCUCCUUCCCCAGUGCCUACCCUCCUUACACCUCUUGCCGCUGGAUCCUGGAUGCUCCAGUCCAGGAGACCAUCAAAGUGUCAGUUGAGACCUUUUCCCUGCAGUCCAGCCAGAGCUGUUCUGACAACUACCUGGAGAUGAAGGAUUGGCCUCUGGGAGACUACGGGCAGUCCCAUAAAUUCUGUGCAUCAGAUGAUCAUCCACCAGACUUCUACAGCUAUGGUAGAACCAUCCAUGUGCACUUCAGAUCUGAUGCCUUCAUGACAGGAAACGGACUGAAAUUUAACUAUCAGAUCGCCAGCUGCAGCCGGACCUAUGAACAAGAGUAUGGCUACCUAAAGAGUCCGGGCUGGCCAGACAUCUACCCCCACAACAUGGACUGUACCAUUAUUCUGAAGGCUCCACAGAACAGCUCCAUCUCUCUCUUCUUUAACAGCUUUGAUCUGGAGAGUAACGUCAACUGUCCAUUUGACUACCUGGAGAUUCAUAACGGCAGCACAGCCACCUCACCGUUUAUUGGUCGGUUCUGCGGCAGCACCUUGCCCGACCCCAUCUUUCCACGAUCCAACCUGCUCUAUUUACGCUUUGUGAGUGACUUCUCUUACACCCGUGAUGGCUUUGAGGCGACGUGGACAUCCUCCCCUCAUGGUUGUGGUGGCACUCUGUACGGAGACCAUGGUUCAUUUGCAAGUCCCAACUUCCCAGGCACCUACCCCAACGGAACCCACUGUGAGUGGGGUAUCAGGGCACCCAGAGGUCGUGUGGUGACCGUCACGUUUGCCCAAAUCAGUAUCGAUGAUCCUGGAGACUGCCUGAACAACUUCUUAAAGUUGUAUGAUGGCCCAGACGCCUCCUCAUUGCCUGUUGGGCCUUACUGUGGAGCGGAGACCAACAUCGCUCCAUUCACAGCCUCCUCCCAUCAUGUCUACAUUGUAUUCCAUGCCCAGUCCGCCACCCUGCCUUCAGGGUUCAGACUCACCUGGAGCAGCUGAGAGAAUGUCCGUCUACACACACACACACACACACACACACACACACACA